ACGAAGGCAAAUCAUCGCAGACGAUUAUAUAUACAACAAAUCGUUAAAAAUAGAAUAUACGCCAUCCAAAAUGUUGCUUGAAUCCGUUUGCAGGUUCGACAGCUUCAAGACGUGAAACUUCACAUAAGGAUACUCCGAAAUGUCUGUCAGAAAUGAAUGGGAAUUUCACUUCCGGGACCCCGGCUGCUAAAAAAAGUGGGCUGUCACUCUCCGGCUCUAUUACCAUGGAGCCUAUCAUGCUGCGGAAGACCAAAAGUUUUCACAGAGCCGUGCGUGUCCUCAACACCUUACAAAGCAAUGUGCUCGAACGGCAACGUCGACACCAGGAGAACCCGGCCGUGCAGCUGAAGGCUAUGCACGGACUCCUGCACCGGACCGGCCUCUCUGUGGACGAUUUGGACAAGCUCAACAUAAUCCACGUAACUGGAACGAAAGGCAAGGGAUCAACCUGUGCAUUCACAGAGAGAAUCCUAAGGAAUUAUGGCUUUCGAACAGGAUUUUACAGCUCUCCCCACCUGGUACAUGUAAGAGAGAGAAUACGCAUCAAUGGACAGCCAAUCAGCAGGGACUGCUUUGCUAAGUACUUCUGGGAGGCCUAUGAGCGGUUAGAUGUCACCAAGGACAUCUAUGGAGGCUCUAUGCCCUUCUAUUUCCAAUUUCUUACUCUGCUGGCAUUUCAUGUCUUCCUGCGUGAGAGGGUGGAUUUAGCUGUCAUUGAAGUAGGGAUUGGAGGGGAAUAUGACUGCACGAAUAUUAUCAGGAAGCCAUGGGUAUGUGGGAUCUCAUCUCUCGGCAUUGAUCACUCAAGUUUGCUCGGGGACACCAUGGAAAAGAUAGCUUGGCAGAAAGCUGGCAUCUUCAAGCCCGGCGUCCCGGCCUUCACUGUCAGACAACCACCAAGCCCUAUGGAAGUCCUGCAAGACAGAGCUGAAGAAAAAGGGUGUCCUCUGUUGGUGUGUCCAGAGCUGGAUGAGUAUGAGGCUUUGGGUGGACCGUUGCACCUCAGCUUGGUAGGAGACCACCAGCGCUGGAAUGCUUCAUUAGCCUUGCAGCUCAGCUACAGCUGGCUCCAGCGCCAGGAGGCGGAGAGGAAAGGUAGAAUCUUCUCAACUUCAUCAACAGGACGCAGGCCUGGAUCCCGGGCAGCCGCUUUCCAGCCCAGCACCACAAUGUGUGAAGGUCUGCAGGAGACCGAGUGGUUGGGGCGGAAUCAGACAGUGAGACACGGUCCUGUGACGUAUUACAUCGACGGGGCUCACACCAAGGCCAGCAUGCAGAUCUGUGUUCACUGGUUCCAACAAGAGAUGAUGAAGAACCAGUCUAGCAGGGGCUCUACAGUUAAAGUACUGCUGUUUAACACGUCGGGAGGAAGGGAUUCUGCUGCUCUGCUCAAACUCCUGGUGCCCUGCCAGUUUGACUAUGCGGUCUUCUGCCCCAAUAUACCUGAAACACUUCCUAACAACAUAGCUCACCAGGACAUCAACGUGUCUGUGGAGUCCAUGCUGGACAGCUGCUUAGCCAACCAGAGCAGCUGGAAGAGUCUGAGCAGAGCCGAGGGCCAAUUUCCUGAGCAGCUGCUGCAACACCAACACCACCGCCACCACCUGGUGGUCAACUCUGGAAGUCCCUCCCGGGUUUUCCCCUGCAUCCUCAGUGCCCUCCGGUGGAUAAGCCAAGGGAAAGACCCCGUGUUAGUUGGUGGCGUCUCAGGGCGCUCCGACAACCUGCUUCAAUCCGCUGAUGGGGCAAAAGCCCUGCAGGAAGCAGCCCACAUCGCUGUGCUGGUGACCGGAAGUCUGCACCUUGUAGGAGGGGCACUGCAAAAUCUGGACCCAUCUCUGGCCUUGUAAGAGGUUGUGGUUGAGAUGACUGCGUGGUUAGGCUGCUGUGCUGGCUUGAGAGAAAAUCUCAAACGCUCUAUUUACGUGGGUUGUGUGUAUUAAGGGUAUAUUUGUCUUUUUGCAAAUAAGGCAAUAGUCCCCUUAAACAAUCCUGUGUGUUCAGUUGUCGUCUAGAGAACGCCUCAGGAUUUUGUCAUACUAUGUACAAGCUGCCAUGUGGAAUAGUUGUGCUUUCCCAAUUAAAUAUCUAACAUUUUCCCGAUUGAAACCUCUUCAAAAACGUUCAUACGCAAAAAUGUCUUUGUCUCUAUUUGACUAUUACCUUCAGUCAGAUUUAUUUGUGUGCCCAUUAAUCACAAAUUACAAAUGUGCCUCAGGGGGCUUUACAACAACACAACAUCCUGUCCUUAGACCUUCACAUCAGAUAAGGAACAACUCCCUAAAAAAAAAAACCUUUAACAGGGAGAAAAACGGUAAGAAAGCUCAGGGAGAGCAACAGAGGAGGGCUCUCUCUCCCAAGAUGGUCAACGUGCAAUGGAUGUUGUGUUCACACAAUUUACACAAUACAACACUGAAAGAGGAUAACACAAUUAUAAUGGCAUUUUACAAUUUAUGAAGACUAUGAUGAGGAUGCCAAGCAGUGUCCAGAUGCCACCGGAACAGUCCAGGACCUGAGUCACACGACCACCAUCACCAUGUAGACCUGGAAGGAGGACAGACGACACAUGCACACGGGGGAGACUCACAUCACACCAUUCACAUACAUGGGAGAAGAGACAAGAAAUUAGUCACACAAGUCAUUAGUCACAUCGGAGAGAGAAGGAUAUAACAUUGAAACAGGAUAACAAAAUUAUACGGAUUUAUAAAAAUAUUUAAAAAGAAAAUGUGAUGAGGAUGCCAAGCAGUGUCCAGGUGGCGACCUGGGAGGAGGACAGACUGCACGUGCACACAAGGGAGACUCGCAUCACAACAUUCACACACACACAAGAGAAAAGAAGACAUUCAGAGACAAAAGACAUGAGAGUAGAGAACAGAUUGUAAUAGUCAAUAAUCUAUACUUUAUAAUUCUAUAUUCUCGUAGCCCCCCCCUUCCCAUCCAGCCCUGUACGUCUGUGUUAUGUUUAUGCAGGGCUCGAAUUGGGGGGGGGGGUCUGGACCUCCCAUAACGAACAAGGGACCCCUCCAUUAAGAAAGGAAAAAUUAAGCUUGGCGGUCACCCAUAGUAUUAUGGUUGUAAUAAGAAUCAUGACAAUAAAUUAUUUUUUGGGCAUAUUGUAGCGGUUCUUAUUUGGCAUGUAGCAGUAAAUCUGUGAACCAUGCCUGUCUUUAUGUUGCACCGGUACCUCUGUUCUGCCUGCGUGUUCACAGUCGGAUCAGGCUCUUCGGACCGCAAACGCUGACCAAUCAGAA